AUGUCUAUGAUCGAUAAAGGAGCCACCUUGGCUCUGUUUCUAGCGUUGACCAUGGUGGUCAACGGCGUUUUCGGGAGAUUCGUCGUUGAGAAGAGCAGCGUGACGAUCCUAAACCCUAUGGCAAUGCGGUCUAAGCAUGACGCAGCCAUCGCUAACUUCGGCGUUCCUAACUACGGUGGUUACAUGAUCGGCUCCGUCGUCUACGCCGGUCAAGGAGCUUAUGGAUGCGACUCUUUCGCCAAAACUUUCAAACCCAAAUUCCCUCGGCCUACCAUCUUAAUCAUCGAUCGUGGAGAGUGCUACUUUGCAUUAAAAGUAUGGAACGGUCAACAAUCCGGUGCAGCAGCAGUUCUAGUAGCUGAUAACGUCGAUGAGCCAUUGAUAACAAUGGAUUCGCCUGAGGAAUCCAAAGAAGCUGAUGACUUUAUAGAGAAAAUCAGCGUUCCAUCUGCUUUAAUCGACCUAUCUUUCGCCAACACACUCAAGCAAGCUCUUAAAAAGGGCGAGGAAGUAGUCCUGAAGAUAGACUGGAGCGAGUCAUUGCCUCAUCCGGACGAGAGAGUCGAGUAUGAGCUUUGGACCAACACGAACGAUGAGUGUGGUGCGCGAUGCGAUGAACAGAUGAACUUCGUCAAGAACUUCAAAGGGCACGCGCAGAUUCUCGAGAAAGGAGGAUACGCUUUGUUCACACCUCACUACAUUACAUGGUUUUGCCCUAAAGAUUACGUUUCAAGCAACCAAUGUAAGUCUCAGUGUAUAAACCAAGGGAGGUACUGUGCUCCUGACCCUGAACAAGACUUUGGUGAUGGAUACGAUGGGAAAGACAUCGUCUUUGAGAAUCUGAGACAGUUAUGCGUUCAUAGAGUAGCCAAAGAGAACAGUAGGUCUUGGGUUUGGUGGGACUAUGUGACUGAUUUUCACAUCAGGUGUUCUAUGAAGGAGAAGAAGUAUAGCAAAGAAUGUGCAGAGAGUGUUGUGGAAUCUCUCGGGUUGCCUCUUGACAAGAUCAAGAAAUGUAUGGGUGAUCCUGAAGCUGAUGUGGAGAAUGAGGUUUUGAAAGCCGAGCAAACGCUUCAGGACACAUUUAGGGGAAGAGUCUGUGAAUGCCCUGUUGUGAAUGGUGUGCAGUAUAAAGGAGAUGGCUAUACUUCAUGUAAACCUUAUGGACCUGCGAGAUGUUCAAUAAAUCAAGGAGGCUGCUGGUCUGAAACCAAGAAGGGCUUAACAAUGUCCGCUUGUUCGAAUUCGGAGUCAUCGGGAUGUCGUUGUCCUCAAGGCUUUAAAGGAGAUGGUCUUAAAUGUGAAGACAUUGAUGAAUGUAAAGAGCAAUCAGCUUGUCAAUGUGAUGGAUGCAAGUGUAAGAACCAAUGGGGAGGGUUUGAAUGCAAAUGCUCUGGCAAUCGUCUCUAUAUGAAAGAACAAGACACUUGUAUUGAGAGAAGUGGAUCAAGAAUCGGAUGGUUCUUCACAUUUGUGAUCCUAGCUUCAGUUGCAGCUAUCUGUGUAGGUGGUUACGUAUUCUACAAGUAUCGUCUCAGGUCUUAUAUGGAUUCAGAAAUUAUGGCGAUUAUGUCUCAGUACAUGCCAUUAGAGAGCCAAAACACAAACGAUCCAAUGACUGGUGAAUCUCAACAGCAACAGCUGAGAUUAACUUCUGCAGCCUAA